AUGAAGCAUCGAGGAGAGCCUUCAGAGAAUUCAAGUUUAAUUCAACCUAGUCUCGAAAGCAGUAGCUACAAUACCCUAACUGAUGAUCGUCAAGGUUACAAUUGGAAUGUUGAAAUUGAUGUUAAAGGACAAGUGAAUACUGGGCCAGAAGAAGAGAGGUUUACAUUUUCAUUUCAAAAACUAUUAAAGUACACAGGCCCAGGCUGGUUGAUGUCUAUCGCGUAUUUAGAUCCAGGAAACCUAGAAUCAGACUUACAAGCAGGAGCCAUAGCAGGAUACAAACUCUUGUGGUUGCUACUAUGGUCUCACAUGGCAGGAUUGAUGAUUCAAAUACUUUCUGCGAGAUUAGGGGUAGUGACACAAAAGCAUCUAGCACAGCUGAUCCGCAAAAACUAUACACGACCAGCAUCAGUGAUGAUAUGGAUAUUUACACAGUUGGCCAUCAUUGGGUCCGACAUACAGGAAAUCAUUGGUACAGCCAUCGCACUUAAAAUCAUCUUUCGGCUCAAGCUGUGGAUAGGUGUGAUGAUUACUGCGACUGAUACAUUCUUUUUUAUGUGGCUGCAGCAAUACGGGGUACGAAAGAUGGAGACCUUCUUCAUGAGCUUGAUUGGACUUAUGAUCGCAUGCUUCUGGAUCGAAAUGUUUGCUUCCCAUCCAAACAUGGAGCUAUUACUAAAAGGCAUUCUAGUGCCCGAGAUUCCUGAAGAUGCCAAGGUCCAAGCAGUAGGUAUGGUUGGAUGUGUCAUUAUGCCUCACAAUAUGUUUCUGCACAGGUAUAAUAGAAAAAUUUCAACAAAGAAAGGGGAAACACAUACUAAUGUAAGAUGUAGUGCACUGGUCAUGUCUCGGCAUUUAGGGCAAAAUCCAAGUGAUAACAAAAAGAAGGAAGCCAAUUUUUAUUUUGCUAUUGAAUCUACACUAGCCCUUAUCACAUCAUACCUGAUUAAUCUUGCCAUUGUUGUUGUGUUUGCUCAGGUAUUUUACAAUCCAGGACAGGUGAUCACACAACUGCCUGGUCUGUACGAUGCCUCUGAGGUGUUAUCAAGCACACUGGGAAAAUAUGCAAAGUAUUUUUGGGCCUUAGGCUUACUAGCUGCAGGUCAAUGCUCGACCAUGACAGGGACCUUAGCGGGGCAAUAUGUUGUCGAAGGAUUUCUAGGAGCUAUCUUUAAGAAGCAGUGGCAUCGAGUUGCUGUCACGCGCGCAGUUGCGCUUGUUCCUAGCAUGAUUGUUGCUAUUUAUGCAGUUGAUAGAUUUGACACCAUGGGCGAGUUUUUAAAUGUUUUACAAAGGCAAGUGAAAACGUUCAUAGCAUACCUCGUUCUUAACUCUUGUUGUCUUUAUAGUCUCUGUCUUCCUGCAGCCAUUAUACCUAUAUUAAAGUUAACUGCCUCCUCCAAGAUUAUGUCUCCCAAUUUUAAGAAUUCGCUCAUCAUGAAUUUAAUUGCCUGGUCAAUAUCUUUUAUUGUUAUUGGAUUCAAUGUGUAUCUUUUUUUGAAUUACUUGGAUGACUUAAGUUGGCCAACGUAUGCGGUCGUGUUUGGGCUCAUCUAUUUUGCCUUUGUAGUCUACCUGAUAUAUAUGCCCCUAGAAAUACCUGUUGAUGACAAGGAGACAGAAGUAGUAGGAAAUGGAGGUUUAGCAUAA